CGCCUUGGGAGCCCAGUCUUCCUGAGGUUUCAGGGUACCCUGAACCGGAGCGUUGGGAAGCGAAGGUUGGAGCUGCGAGAGGAGGUGACACCAGUGCUGGUCGGACCCGAGGAAGAUCGGAAGGCACCAGGGUGGAGGUCUGCGGGGAUCAGACCUUGAGGUCGCGGGUCUGGGCGGGAGCACGUGCGGGUGGGAUCGCUUAGGUGAGGGCGGUGGGGCCAGAGUUUGAGCCGGAUUCCAGAUCCACUCUGGAGAAUCUGGGAUUCAGCGAACAGACGGAGAGCGUGGGCAGGAGCCGGCGCCCGGGGGCCCUACGCUGGGAGAUGCGGGUGCACCUGGGCGCUCUGGCGGGAGCGGCGGCGCUGAGCGGGGCUCUGAGCUUCGUGCUGCUGGCAGCCGCCAUCGGCACCGACUUCUGGUACAUCAUCAACACGGAGAGGCUGGAAAGGAGCAGCCAGAGGGUGCGGGACCAGGGACCGGCCAACCGCAGCCAGCAAGAGCCUCUGAGCUCACACUCCGGACUCUGGAGGACUUGCCGGGUCCAGAGCUCCUGCACGCCUUUGAUGAACCCUUUCUGGCAGGAGAAUGUGACGGUCAGCGACUCCAGCAGACAGCUUCUCACUAUGCACGGGACAUUUGUGAUCUUGUUGCCACUCAGUCUGAUCGUGAUGGUGUUUGGGGGGAUGACCGGGUUCCUGAGCUUCCUCCUCCGAGCUCACCUCCUACUGCUGCUCACUGGGACCCUCUUUCUCUUUGGAGCCAUGGUGACCCUCACUGGAAUCAGCAUCUAUAUCGCGUACUCCGCAGCUGCCUUCCGAGAGGCAGUAUGCCUCUUGGAGGAGAGGGCCCUGCUGGAUCAGGUGGACAUACGCUUUGGCUGGUCCCUGGCCCUCGGCUGGAUUAGCUUUGUCUCUGAGCUGCUCACUGGGGUAGUCUUCCUGGCAGCGGCUCGUGUGCUCAGCUUGAGCCAGAGGCAGGACCAAGCCAUCUGAUUUUGGUCAACCCAGAAGGCGCAGGGCCUUUUGGACCCAUCUCAGCGAAUGGCACCCCUUUCUUCUUUAAAUACCACUGAUAGAGGCCUGUCUUUGUGUUAUUUGGGCUGCCCAUUCUGCUGUGAUGUGCGCAUGCGUGUGCCUCUGGUGGACCGGAAGGGGAGAGGGAGUGUGGAACCCGUAUCUCCUGAAAUAAACGCCAAUCCUAGUCACCCG